GAUAUCUUCCCUCCCUGAUUGGCAAACAACCAACAGGCAGUCCCCAGUGUCAUCUCCAUUUCAAGUUUCAACAAUCUGAGAAAAUUAGGUAAAGUACCAACCUUUUCUUCUUGUUGCUUUUUUUUUUCUUGUUCGCUAUUGGUCCAAGUUCUCUGUAAUUGGUUCAACAAAGCCACAAACCCAAAUGAUAGACUCAUUCCGUUGAUGGGAAUUCUUAGAUUUUAUUAGUAGAAAGUUGCUGGUUUGCUGCUGCUGAUUUUAUUCUGCAGAGAUAUGGCUGCUUUUUCUGUUGUUUGUAAUAAUGGGUUAUUGAUUAGUAAAGAGAACUUGGGGGUUCAUAGUGGAAAGGCCAAGUCUUUGAGGAGAUACACAAGUGUUUGUUAUAAUUCAGUUCUUAUAGGCUCGGUGGGAAUUUACAACAUUGGCAAUUCCCAACAUUUUAUUCUUUCUAGGAAUAAAUUUAGGUCAGUUUAUGAUGGAAAAAGUGAAGUUCCCUUCUUGAGGUUUUGUGUUUCUUUUAAGUCUCGACAUGGAUUAUGUUGUCAUAAUAAUAUUGGGCCAUCGAUGACAGAAGACACAGGAAAUGAACAAUCACAUUUGAAAAAGAGAGUCACUACUGGUUUGAGAAAGCGAUUUUCAUUGAGAUUGCGACCAAGAUUGCGGUUGUUGAUGAUAAGAUUGAAGAAAGUUUCAGUAAGGUCAAUGUUGAAUGAUUUUGUAAUGUUCUUGAGAAAGAAUAUAAAGAAAUUGACGCUUUAUUCUUCAAUUUCUCUUGCACUGGGGAUAUGCUACUUGUUCUUGAGGUUAACUGCAUUGCCAUCUCCGAAGAUUGUUCCAUACUCGGAUUUAAUAACAAGCCUUCAAAAUGAUUCCGUUUCAAAAGUUUUACUUGAAGAGGGAUCUCGUCGAAUAUAUUACAACACAAAAUCUCAGGGCAUUGAAAAUACUCAAGAUACGGAAGGAAAAUCUCCAAUGAUGGAUGUUUCAAAUGAGAGUGCAGCUGCUGCAGCUGCAAGAGGAGGUAUUGUGAGUACCGCCGGCCACAAAUCAAAAGUAGAUAUAUUGAAGAAGUUUUCAGGGUCUCGAGCUUCUACUCCCAAGUGGCAGUUUUCUACUAGGAAAAUAGAUCAUGAUGAGAAAUUUCUUCUUAGUUUGAUGAGAGAAAAGGGAAUCGUGUAUAGCUCCGCCCCUCAAUCAGUUUUGAUGUCAAUGAGGAAUACAUUGAUAACCAUAAUGUCUCUCUGGAUUCCUUUAACCCCUUUGAUGUGGCUCCUGUAUCGUCAACUUUCUGCUGCUAACAGCCCCGCAAAAAAGCGGCGACCUAAUAAUCAGAUGGUCACUUUUGAUGAUGUGGAGGGGGUUGAUGCUGCUAAGGUAGAGCUUAUGGAGAUUGUUUCAUGCCUGCAAGGAGCUAUAAACUACCAAAAACUAGGAGCAAAGUUACCUAGAGGUGUGUUGUUGGUUGGUCCACCUGGAACAGGGAAAACAUUGUUGGCCCGUGCAGUUGCUGGAGAAGCAGGAGUACCAUUUUUCAGUGUUUCUGCUAGUGAAUUUGUGGAGUUGUUUGUUGGAAGAGGAGCAGCUCGCAUUAGAGAUCUCUUUAAUGCGGCAAGGAAAUGUGCCCCAUCGAUUAUAUUUAUUGAUGAACUUGAUGCAGUUGGGGGAAAACGUGGUAGAAGUUUCAAUGAUGAGCGUGACCAGACACUAAACCAGUUGCUGACAGAAAUGGAUGGAUUUGAGUCGGAUAUGAAAGUGGUUGUUGUUGCAGCAACUAACAGACCAGAAGCACUGGAUCCUGCCCUUUGUAGGCCUGGUCGAUUCUCAAGGAAGGUACUUGUAGGAGAACCUGAUGAAGAAGGAAGGAAAAAGAUCUUGGCUGUACAUUUGAGAGGAGUUCCUGUAGAAGAAGACACAGAUCUCAUCUGUGAUCUAGUUGCUUCUUUGACCCCAGGUUUUGUAGGAGCUGAUCUUGCAAACAUUGUCAAUGAAGCUGCUUUACUUGCUGCACGGAGGGGUGGUGUGACUGUAACAAGGGAAGAUAUAAUGGAAGCUCUCGAAAGAGCGAAGUUUGGGAUCAAUGAUAGCCAUCUGAAGCCCAGUGCAAUAAGCAAGGAGCUGGGGAAACUUUUCCCAUGGAUACCAUCUAUACUGGGAAGGAAUGACAGAGGACAAGAUGGUUUGCAGGGGCCUCUGGGUUACCAAACUCUGAGCUAAGUAUGUUUUCUUGGUACUUUCACUGUGAAUUCAUGAUUAAUCUUUUUGUUGUUUUCCCCUUCACCCGCCCUAUGUAAGCUCAAUUUUGCAGGUUUAUUGGCCUUUAUAUUCUUCA